UUUCUAUUUAUAGAUUCUUUUGUUGUUGUUUGGCUCGAGUCAUUGUUUUAUAGGUCGGUGACCUUUGAUGACUCUCACUUUUCGUGAAUAAAAUUCAUUCAUUCAUUCAUUAAACACUAUUUGUUUGGCAUUAGUUCAAUUAAAGCCUCGUAGAAUUCGACUUUCAAGAGAAAUUUGUUGGUAUUUUUCAUAAAAGAAUGAAUGAUAUGAGUUUCAGUGUACAAAACCACUGUUUUUAAUAGCACGGUGGACAAGUGGACUUGCCACUAUAGUCCACUAUGAAAAACUGGAACUGUAAUUUCAGUUUUAACUGUAAGUUUCCACUGUGUUGUUGAUUCCAAAGUGGAAUAUACAUAUAAAAUUCACCAUAACCAAAUUUCUGUUCAAAAAUACUGCACAAGUUCAUUAGCUUAUUUUAUCAAAGGCGCAGAAUGAAGUCAAAACUGUUAGUUAUCCUUGCACAAUUUUCAUUUUCCAGACUGUAUCUGCUGUUAAAAGUCUGUCAGUUCUAAAAUUUCUGUCUCUAAGCAAAUACAGUUUGUCUCAGAGUUUCAAAUAAUCAGGGGGUCGUAUGACGAAAAAACUUAAGUCGAAGAGUGACUUAAGUCAUGGGAACUGUAGUCUUAACGUUAAGACCGAAAACUUAAGUCAUUGACACAUUUUUCGAAUAGCUCAGGCAUUUAACAAUAUGAUUCGACGAAAACAACCUUUUAAAGUUUAGAGAAUAAAUCUUUUGUUUUUUAAAAGUCUGGUUUUUUGAAAGUCUGUCACUGUUGCCAAUGACUUUCAAAAAGUAAACAAAUAAGCAACUUAAGUCGUUUCGUAAUAUGGUUUAAGUCCCCUAACUUAAGUUAGUCUUAAACUUAGUUUUAAAUCACGGCUUAAGUUUUUUCAUAAUAUGAUCCCCAGACUGGCAAAAACUUUUAGUUUUGAUAACGGUCUCGUUUCUUAUUUUUUAGAUUGUUAAAGUUCUAGGAAACAUGUCCAUCCUAGCCAAACAACGAUGGAAAAUGUUAGGUGAAAUUCUAUUGAAUAAGAAUAUUGCCAGCAGUAGUAAUUACGAAGAUAUCUCAGUGAUGCGUUUUAAAACCUAUCAUUUUUAUACAAAAACACUAAACUACGAAGAAGAAGACGAAUCAAUAUGGUGUACGGUUCAAUUUUCAAUAGAACCAGAUUUAAAAUUGAGCAUUCGAUUAUGUUCCACAAAAAUUGGUUAUGAAGAUUUGAUUGGAUUUAACAAUACGGGAAAUACAUGUAUAUGGCCAUCAGAGGAAAUAUUAACAUAUUAUUGUCUUAAGUCAAAAAUAGUAUUUAGAAAUAAAAGUGUAUGUGAAGUGGGAGGUGAUUUAUCGGCAAUAGUGGAGAAAAAUGAUGAUUGGUUAUGUCCUAUUGAAUCUCGAAUAUUACUAUGGAAUAGAAAUACAACUGAUGAAAAUUUAAAAGAACGAUUUGAUUUUGUAUUAUCAGCUGACUGUUUUUUCUUCGAAGAAUUACAUCAUGAUUUUUGUCAUACAGUUCAAUACAUGUUAAAAGAUGAAGGUGUAUCGAUCAAUUUUGCACCAAAACGAGCAGAAACAUUAGAAAAAUUUCUUAAAAUAGCCAAAAAUUAUUUUGAUUGCGAUCUAUAUGAUUAUUACGAUGAUUGUGUUUGGCAGAAACAUAUUGAAGCAAAAUCAACGAAUGAAAAUUAUUCACCUGAUAUCCAUUAUCCAUUACUUGUUGUUUUACGAAAGAAAACAAAACAAAUUUAG